AUGCCUUCUAUUACUGCUUGCUUCUGUGCCACUCUAUCAACGUGGUUGGCUACUGUGCGUUCAGAUCUUCCACUCAAGCCGCGAUUUGACCCUUCAUGUGAGUAUGCUUGGCCUUGUUGUCUCGUCUCAACUCCCAACCAUCGUAUCUCACACCCCUCCGUCCUCCGCCCACCAGACCUGGCGUUGGGGUUUGUGUUGGACGAGGACUCCUUCUCAUCGCAGGGCUUCAACGCCGCCUUCCACUACGCCAGUGCGGGCUUCGACCCCGCACAGGACAACAGCCCCUCCUGGACUGUCAAGACAUUCAGCACCUGGGUCCUGCCUGAAUCCGCCUGGCCUGUCAAGAACCAACGGGGUUGCGGUGAUUGCUGGGCAUUCGCAGUGGUAGCAGCGGUGGAGGCAGCCCACAGCAUUGCGUGCAACUGGGCGCAGCCCCCCGUGUUGUCGGUGGAGCAUCUGCGCCUCGCCCUCUCCUCCAACUGCGACGGUGGCUCGCCCACCAAGGCACUGCAGUUCCUCCUCAACGCCACCGCACAGGGCAAGGGGCUGCUGGAGGACGCAGCGACUUCCCGAAGGCUGGCUUUUAAGAAAAGGGCGUUGGCGAGCACCCCAAAGUACUACGGCAUUCGAGGCAUCGAGCGCACGGGGUUCUACGGGUGGUUUGGGCUCAUGCUGGCAGUGCAGCGGCAGCCUGUCAUUGUGCACAUCGAGGCGUCCGCACCCUCCUUCCAAGACUACGAUGGGGUAAGGCACCCUCCUUCCAAGACUACGAUGGGCCAUCGACUCCAACUCUGCCGUGCAUGGCGCCGCCCUUCUGGAUCAUCCGCAACUCAUGGGGCACAGGGUGGGGCGACCAGGGCCACAUGCGCAUGGACAUUCGCAGUGGCGACGGCAUCUGCGGCAUCAACACUCUCCCGGGCCUCUUCCCCGUCGUCAGAAGCAGUGCUGAUCCGUGUGGGUCACGCUCCUUCCAGUACAGCAACCAACACUCCGGUGUGUUCAACCCGUGUGGGCGGUUCAACUGCAGCAAGAAGGGCACCAGCAAUCGCUGCAAGUGCACUGACGCCCGCUUCGCUGAAGUCAAGAACACCGAUGGCUCGUACACCUGUGCCUAUGUGGACGUGUGUGGGUCCAGCACGCGCAACCCGUGUGUGGUGGGCACGUGUGUGA